AACACUAUUGGCUAUCCGUCUCCGAAGCUCAUCUCUGAUUGGCCAAAGCAUCUGUUGUUUCCGCUGCAUGUCAGCUUCACUGUGGCGUUUUGUGAGGACCUCUGUUGAUCCGAAUUCAAAACACAAAACCUCUGCAGGAUCCUGAGUGGUUGGCCAUGGCGUCUGACUCCCCGCGCAGACCGAGCCGCUGUGCUGGUGGGGUUGUGGUUCGAGCACAGGCUGCAACAGAGCAGUCAUACAUGGAGAGCGUAGUUACGUUCCUGCAGGAUGUAGUCCCUCAGGCAUAUACUGGGACACCUCCAAAUGAUGAAAAAGAGAAGAUAGUUUGGGUCCGUUUUGAAAAAACAGACAUCAAUGAUGUGGCUCGCUUACCAGAGUUCCAAGAGAUGCACGGCAGCGGCAGUGACCCGCCUCUCUGCUUGAUGAUUGGAUACACUGAUGGAAUGCAGAUUUGGAGCAUAUCACUGAACGGGGAAGCACAGGAGCUGUUCUCGGUGAGGCAUGGACCUGUGCGAACUGCUAGGAUCCUGCCUGCUCCUCAUAUCAGUUCCCUCAACACUGACAGCUUCGCUGAGAAACGGCCCCUCCUCGGCGUGUGCAAGAGCACGGGCUCUUCGGGGACAAGUCCCCCUUAUUGUUGUGUGGAUCUUUAUUCCUUGAGGACAGGAGAGAUGGUCAAGUCCAUACAGUUUAAAACACCCAUCUAUGAUCUACACUGCAACAAAAGGAUCCUCGUUGUUAGUCUUCAGGAAAAGAUCGCUGCCUUUGACAGCUGCACCUUUAUGAAAAAGUUCUUUGUCACAAGCUGCUACCCCUGUCCUGGGCCCAACCUCAACCCUAUAGCUCUGGGAAGCCGAUGGUUGGCCUAUGCUGAGAACAAGCUGAUCCGGUGUCAUCAGUCACGUGGUGGGGCCUGUGGAGAUAAUGCCCAGUCCUACACUGCCACUGUCAUCAGUGCUGCUAAAGUGAGUAGAACCGGCCUGACAAUGGUGGGCAAGGUCGUGACCCAGCUCACCGGUACACUGCCAUCAGGGGCAACUGAUGAAGAGAGCACUGCCCAUAGUGGCACCCGCCGCAGCCCUCACCAGCCUGGUGUGGUCACCAUCAUAGACACACACACUGUGGGAGAAGGACAGGUUCUUGUUAGUGAGGAUUCUGAUGGAGAAGGAGUGAUUGCACAUUUUCCAGCACACGAUAAGCCUAUAUCCUGCAUGGCGUUUAAUCCGAGUGGUAUGUUACUGGUGACUGCAGACACCCUUGGCCAUGACUUCCACGUUUUCCAAAUCUUGACUCACCCAUGGGCAUCUUCCCAGAGUGCGGUUCAUCACCUAUACACGCUUCACAGAGGAGAGACUGAGGCUAAGGUGCAGGACAUCUGCUUCAGCCAUGACUGCCGCUGGGUGGUGAUCAGUACUCUGCGUGGUACCUCUCAUGUCUUUCCCAUCAAUCCGUACGGUGGAGCACCAUGUGCACGCACGCACAUGUCUCCACGUGUGGUCAAUCGCAUGAGCCGUUUCCAGAAGAGUGCCGGACUGGAGGAGAUCGAGCAAGAGCUGAGCAGCAAACAGGGCGGCCGGUGUAGCCCCAUUCCUGGCCUCUCUAGUAGCCCAUCUGGAUCACCACUACAUGUCAAACUCACCAGUCAAGAAUCCUUUAACAACUUUACCAACAACAACAUGGGUAACCCACGGCUGUCUCCAUUAGCAAGUUUGACGGUCGUGCUUCCACUGGCUCAGAUCAAGCAACCGAUGACCUUGGGCACCAUCACCAAGCGCACUGGGUGGCCCUACCUCUUUGGGGCUGGAUGUUUUUCCAUUAAAACUCCAUGCAAAUCCAAGCCACCUCCCCAGAUCUCUCCCAGUAAGUCCAUUGGUGGGGAGUUCUGCGUGGCUGCAGUCUUCGCCUCCUCCCGCUCUUGGUUCAUCACCAACCCCAACAUGAAGAGAGAGAAAGAUCAGUCUCGGCAGGCUCUCGUUGAAUCACUGUACAUCCUGAGUUGCUACGGAAAUCUGGUGGAGCAUGUGCUGGAACCUCGUCCAAUCAGCACGGCGCAAAAGAUAGGCGACGACACGCCUCUGGAGCUGAACACCUGUCCGAGAGCCUGUUGGAAUCUAGCCAGGACACCGCAGUGGAAUGAGCUACAACCACCUUUCAACAGCAACCACCCCUUGGUGCUGGCCUCAGACUUUGUGCAGUACUAUCAAUACCUCCUGGCUGGAUUGAUGCACCCUGCUUGCCCUGGCCCCAUUACCCGACAUGAGUCUUAUGACAGUCUGGCAUCCGAUCACAGUGGUCAGGAGGACGAAGAAUGGCUCUCACAGGUGGAGAUUGUGACCCACACAGGCCCUCACAGGAGACUCUGGAUGGGCCCUCAGUUUCAGUUCAAGACCAUCCAUCCGUCGGGCCAGACCACUGUUAUCUCCUCCAGCUCCUCUGUACUGCAGUCACAGGGGCCCAGCGACACCCAGCAGCCUCUCCUUGAUUUCGACACAGACGACCUGGACCUGCACAGCCUCAGGAUCCAGCCAGUGCGUUCAGAACCCGUUAGCAUGCCAGGUUCCUCUCGCCUGGUGGCCGACCGUAGAGGCCAGUCGACAGUGAUAGAUACCGGCUCAGGCAUGUUUGACCGCAGUGUCACCCUGCUGGAGGUGUGUGGCAGCUGGCCUGAGAGUUUCGGACUGCGUCACAUGUCCUCUGUGGAAGCCACCGAAGAGGGCCUGAAGGAGAGGCUGGCAGACGCAAUGUCAGAGUCGCCCAGCAGAGACAUUGUGGGCUCUGGGACAGCAGAGCUCCAGAGGGAGGGAAGCAUCGAGACGCUCAGCAAUAGUUCUGGCUCCACCAGUGGCAGCAUUCCCCGAAACUUCGAGGGCUACCGGUCCCCUCUCCCCACCAAUGAGAGCCAGCCCCUCAGCCUCUACCCCACCGCCUUCCCCUAAAACCAGCCGUCUUGCCCCAAGGAAACGUCUCUGUCGCCUUUGGACAAUCUUGACUGUACAACCACAACUCCAUCCUUCUCCGCUAUAUUUUUUCUCUGUUAUUUGAAAUGUGGAUUUUCCUUUAAUCAAACCUGGCAUGCAGGAAAUCCCUGUUCAAUCAGGCCCUGCGUUAACAUCCUUUGUCAUUCACUUCCCUUGUAGAUUAAUAUUAACGUUGCCUCCACCUGAGAGAGAGAAAGAGAGUGCAUGGAUAUUAACCUUGACGGCUCAGAUGAACUGUAGAAGGGAUCCGUUGGAGUUGCCACUUUUCACAAAGAUGUGUCAUAUUACCAAUAUCAUUAUCAGUCGAACUUCCAGUGCGCAUCUUUAUUGAAUGCGUGUGUGUGAGUGAGAGUGUGUGCUCAUCAAAUACAAGUCCUGAUUAGCUCUCGGUAGUUGAGUUUAGGUUUGAGCUUAAAAAGCGAUAGGCUGAUUUUUUUUUUUGGAUCAACACAACAGUAGACAGUGUUUGAUUUAUUUUAGUAGACGUACCGUAGUUCACAUUUGAAUUGAUUUGACUUUGGUCAUGGUCAUGUUUACAAUUGAUUCUUGUUACACUAUAGUGUUUAUUAUUCUGCACAUUUUUCUGUAUAUUUGAUUUUUUUUUCUUAAGUUUCUUGGAUUCAAUUUUAUUUGCUUUAUAAUUUCAGUGGAUUCAAAUGAUUUUAAUUCCUUUCAAUUUAUGCCUAAAUGACACGUAUCGAUUCUUUCAAAAAAGGGAUUUUUGUGUUCUAAUGUUUCCUUGUUUGAUUCGCUUUUUCUCCUUGUUUCAUAGGCUGAUAUUUAGCUGUGGCGCUCGCAGCGAUCCACAGCUAACUUCAUUCAGCUCAGGCGAUUGAUUUUGACACUACCCACAUGUUAGAAAAGAAGUUCCAUCAAUAUCAUCAUCAGUAUAUCAUUCUGUAUUAGCUUGUUUAACUAUUUUAAAUGGCUUUGUUUAAAGAAUGUCUUUUAGCUUUGCUUGACUGGAUGUAACAUUUUACACACACACAAACAACACACAGUUAUUGAUAAAUACCAGUUAACAAGAAAUGUGAAUACAUGGUCCUAGUCAUCAGCUUGUCAGAAAGUUUAAAGGGGCCGCUGUUGGCUGGCAGCUCUGUGCAUGUUGAAAGCCUCAGUAGCUGGAGAGGAAACAUGAAGAGUUUGUUCACCGUAAUUUAUAACGGCAUUCAAGUUGGCAUGACUUUAAGUCUGAAUGCAGUGCACAUGCUUUGUAUGGACUAUAUUUUUUGUAAUAAUACUUACGCAAUGUGAUCUUGAAAUAGGAAUUUAUGCAAGUGAAUUGAACAAGUCUUCUAUACAUUUGUGUGUUUGUGUAAUACAGCAUAUGCAUUCUGACUUCCUUAGUUUGCUGUUUUCCCUUGUUAACUUACCUCGCUCUCUCCUGAAUUUAUUUGUUAUACAAGAAAAGAAAUAAAUGCAUUUACAUGAUGAGGUUGAAA